AUGUCGUCACCACCAAGACAAUUAGAGCUAGAAGAAUUUCGUAAAAGAACUUUACGCUUAAUGGAAGCUUUUGUUUAUGAUUUUAUGAAAAAAAAUGACUGUGAAGAUUCUGCAAGAACUUAUUACAACGAAAAAAAUCUAGAAAAUUGGCCUCCGCCUUGGUUAGCUCACAAUUUUCCCAAUGGACUUGCCUCAAAUAAUAUUAACAAAAACACCAACACCACCACCGUAUCUGAUAACUAUACACCAUCAUCACCUUCAACCACAACAACUAUUACACCAACUACUACAACUAGUAAUAAUAAUCUUGAUAACAAUACUCGGGAAUUCUCAACAACAGCGACAAUGAUUAAUCAAGAAUUUGAUAAUUCAAAUUUUAACAAGUCGACUUUUUCUUCCCUCGGAAACAAUAGUUAUGUUAACACUAGAAUUAACAAUAAUGGUUGUCUAAAAACAUCUGAUCUUGAUGAUUUGUUUGGUUUAAAUUUGAAAUCUGGUUUUUCUGAGCAUGAGAAUAAUCAACAAUAUCUUGAUGAUAAUAAUGAUAUUAAGAUGGAAGAAAAGGAUUUAUUAAAUAUCAAGUGUGAGUUUGAUUCAGAUAACAAUAACAACGAAAAUAGUGAUGAUGGUAAUGUGGAUGUUAGACAAUUAUAUUUUUCUACUUCUUCACCUUCGAUUUCAUCAUCUACAUCACCAACAAUAACAUCUUCUGCUCCUUUAUCUCGAACAAGAAUUAUGAACAUGGAUCAUAAUCAAAAUCAGCAAAAGUUUGAUCAUGAUGAUAAAUUUUCACCACAACAAAAGGAUAGUAAUAAAGGUCAGGGUCGAAAUAAUCAAGAUAAUGACUCACCACUAACUAAUUAUAAACAACUUCCAGACUUAUCAUUGCCGUUAGACGUUCCAGAAGGUUUUCUUACUGAAUGGUUUUUAACAUUUUGGGAAGCUUAUAAAUCAACUCAUGAAAGUAUUGUUGGAAAGCAUAUCUAA